UCUUCCACUUUCCACUGUUGGCGACAAAAUGUCGUGCACAUACGCCGAUGGGCUCUCUCCGUACGAAGACAAAGGCGUCCUGGGACUCGAGGAGAAGUUUGAUACCGAUGAGACGUUGAGGCUAAAAUGCGAAUUACUCGCGGACUGGAUAAAAGGAGCAAGGCAUGUUGUUGUCCACACAGGUGCGGGAAUCAGCACUUCAGCUGGAAUUCCUGAUUUUCGGGGCCCAAAUGGAGUAUGGACCCUGGAACAGAAGGGCUUGAAACCCAACUCAAGCACUGACUUUGAUGAAGCAAUACCGACAAAAGCACACAUGGCUCUCAAAAAGCUUGUCGAUACGAAGAAAGUAAAAUUUAUCAUCAGUCAAAAUAUCGAUGGGUUGCAUCUUCGUUCUGGUAUUCCAAGACAAAAUUUGGCAGAAAUGCAUGGAAACAUGUUCACAGAACAGUGUGACAAGUGUGGAAAGCAAUUUAUUCGUAACUUUGCUACCAAAAGUGUUGGAAAAAAGUGUUUGGAAACAGUAUGUAGAUCAGAGCAGAUUGGUGGUAGACCAUGCAGAGGAAAAAUGCACGACACAAUUUUGGACUGGGAGCACAAUUUACCUGAUAAUGAUCUUGCAUUAGCUGAUCUUCAUUCAAGUGUUGCAGAUUUGAGUGUAUGUUUGGGAACGACUUUACAAAUUAUUCCCAGUGGAAACCUACCUCUUUAUACAAAAAAAUAUGGUGGAAGAUUAGUUAUAUGCAAUUUGCAACCUACUAAGCACGAUAAAAAAGCAGACUUGAUUAUAAACGGCAAGCUUGACAAUGUUAUUGCAAGCGUGAUGAAAAAUUUGGGUAUAGAAAUUCCAGUGUAUCAAACCUCUUUGGAUCCAACUAGAAGUUCCGAUGUUAACUCACGCGAGAUGGAUUGGACGAUACCAACGAGUAGAAUAAAAGAAAUGAAAAUAUUGUACAAAAAAGUUUGUACACCGGUAAAACGAAAGCGCAGAGCAACGUUUAUGUACGAACGGGAACAUAUAACACCUAAAUACACACCCAAACGUGAAAAGAAGAAAAAAGAAGUGGUCGUGGUGAAAAAAGAAGAAAUUGGAAAUGGCUCAUCGUUCGACUCAUCAUUUAGUAAUUUUAACAAUGAAGAAAGCAAGAUGAUCAAAGAGCCAAAAAUUAAACAAGAAAUAUCCAAUGACGAUUCCAAUGAGGCUACAUUGUGCAUAGAUACUCCUACUGAAGAAAGUAACGUUACGUAGUAAAAUACAACGAUAAAAAACAUUUAUAUACGAUUAUCCUUUUAUUAUUAUAUUUCUUCAACGCAACAAAUUAGUUUAUAUUUAUGUAAUAUGUCGUUGUAAUCGUACGCAAGCAUUCAAGAGAUGUAAAUGUUUGAAGAAAACAAUGCAAUUGAUCAUCAAGCUUUUUAUUAAAAUUCUAUACUAAGAUUCUAAUUUUUGUGAUCUUUCAUUGUGAAUUGCAUGAAAAAAAUUAAAUUUUUAUUUUACCAUUGUGCUACAGGCUAUCAAACUGUUUCUAUGGAAACCAAGCUGUUGUUCUUUAUUCAAGUAUAGACGCUGUUAAAACUUUAACCUAAUAAA